CACGUGGGCGAAACCACUGCAUAUGGCGGUGCUCUUGAGGAGGCUUUUGCAGCUGGGGAGGACCCCGGGAGUCUUGGGGCACUCCUUGAGACCGCGUGAGGCCAGCCUAGGCUCUGAAUCUGGGGCUGCAGUGCGGGUGCGGUUCGCCCCCAGCCCCACAGGCUUUUUGCACCUGGGUGGCCUCCGCACUGCCUUGUACAACUAUAUCUUUGCCAAGAAGCUUGGAGGGAGUUUUAUCCUGCGGCUGGAGGACACAGACCAGUCCCGCCUUGUGCCCGGGGCAGCAGACAACAUUGAGGACAUGCUGGAAUGGGCAGGUAUUCCCCCUGACGAGAGUCCACGCCGGGGAGGCCCCACUGGGCCCUACCUGCAGUCCCAGAGGCUUGAGCUGUACACCCAGGCUGUAGAAGCUCUGCUGAAGACUGGGGCUGCUUACCCCUGCUUUUGCUCACCACAGCGGCUGGAGCUGCUGAAGAAGGAGGCCCUGAGGAGCCGCCAGACACCCAGGUAUGACAAUCGGUGCCGGAACCUGAGCCAGGGGCAGGUAGCCCAGAAGUUGGCCAAGGACCCCAAGCCUGCUAUCCGCUUUCGCCUAGAGGACGAGGCGCCGGCCUUCCAGGACUUGAUAUUUGGCUGGAAUCGGCAUGAAGUAGCCAGUGUGGAGGGGGAUCCAGUCAUCCUGAAGAGUGAUGGCUUCCCCACAUACCACCUGGCCUGCGUAGUGGAUGACCACCACAUGGGCAUUAGCCAUGUGCUGCGUGGCUCAGAGUGGCUGGUCUCAACCUCCAAGCACCUGCUUCUCUACCAGGCCCUAGGCUGGUCACCGCCUCGCUUUGCCCACCUGCCUCUGCUCCUCAACAAGGAUGGCAGUAAACUGUCCAAGAGGCAAGGGGACAUUUUCCUGGAGUGUUUUGCUGCUGCCGGCUUCCUUCCAGAUGCCUUACUUGACAUCAUCACUAACUGUGGCUCAGGGUUUGCAGAGAACCGGACAGGCAGGACCUUGCCAGAGCUGAUAGCACAGUUUGACCUGACCCGGAUCACCUGCCACUCAGCCCUGCUAGACCUGGAGAAGCUCCCAGAAUUCAACAGGCUGCACCUUCGUCGGCUGGUGAGCAGUGAGACCCAGAGGCGCCAGCUGGUGGGAAAGCUGCAGGUUCUUGUGGAAGAGACAUUUGGGAGCCAGCUGCCAGACAGGACUGUCCUGGACACAGCCUAUGUAGAAAGGAUCAUCCUACUGAGACAGGGUCACAUCUGCCGUUUGCAGGACCUGGUCUCCCCAACACACUCCUACUUGUGGACACGCCCUGCUGUGAGGCGAGCACAGCUAUAUGCCAUCUCAGAGAAGGUGGAUGUGAUUGCCAAGCAUGUGCUAGGGCUUUUAGAAGGACCUGAUAUGAGCUUAACUCAGGAGAUACUGAAUGCAGAACUGAAGAAGCUAUCAGAAGGUCUGGCUGGCACCAAACACAGUGAUGUGAUGAAACUCCUCCGAGUGGCCCUCAGUGGACAGCCGCAAGGACCGCCUGUAGCUGAGAUGAUGGUGUCUUUGGGACCAAAGGAAGUACAGGAACGAAUACAGAAGGUGCUUUCCAACUGACAGGAGAUGUACUGGAGACUGGAGAGGCUGCAAUUUGAAGAACAAGGUGUUGGCAGGUUUCCUCUCUCCUUGGCUUGCUGAUGACUGCCUUGCUGCCUUACAUGGUUAUCUCUCUGAGUGUGCCCUUAGUAUCUCUUUCUAUCCAAAAGUCCUCUUAUAAGGACACUAGUCAGAUGGGAUUAGCACUCACCCUAAUUGCCCAGUUUUACCUUCAUCACAUCUUUAAAGACCCAGCUGCAAAUACAGUCACAUUCUGUGGUCCUGGGGGUUAGGGCUUUAACGUACAACCAGAGACGACACAGUUCAGCUUAUGACAGCUUGGCAACAACCUGGACUCAAUACGCAAGCCCAUUUUGGACUUUGAGCAAUAAAGGAUGGUUGACAAGCA